AGGCGACGGGUCGGCGGAGGUAGAAAAGCGUCGGACACCGGGUCGAUCAUGGACGCUUGACAACCCGCGGGCAGGCGCCGGGAGGCCGAGACAGCGAGCUAAAGGACGGAGAGACCGCGAAGACAGGUUGGGGUCAGCGAGAAGGCGGGACCCAGCAGGCAGAUCUUAAGACCAGAGAAUGGCAGGUGAACAGAAACCCUCAAGUAACCUCCUGGAACAGUUUAUUUUACUAGCCAAAGGCACCAGUGGCUCAGCCCUCACUGCUCUCAUAAACCAAGUCUUGGAGGCUCCUGGAGUCUAUGUCUUCGGAGAACUGCUGGAGCUGGCCAAUGUGCAGGAGCUUGCAGAAGGAGCUAAUGCUGCAUAUUUGCAGUUGCUGAACCUGUUUGCCUAUGGGACAUAUCCAGAUUACAUAGCCAACAAGGAGAGCCUGCCAGAACUGAGCACAGCUCAGCAGAACAAGCUGAAGCACCUUACCAUCGUGAGCUUGGCGUCGAGAAUGAAGUGUAUCCCCUACUCCGUGCUGCUGAAGGACCUGGAGAUGCGGAAUCUCCGGGAACUGGAAGACCUCAUUAUAGAGGCUGUCUACACUGACAUCAUCCAAGGCAAGCUGGACCAGCGAAACCAGCUUCUGGAAGUGGACUUCUGCAUUGGCCGUGACAUCCGAAAGAAGGACAUCAAUAAUAUUGUCAAGACCUUGCAUGAGUGGUGUGCCGGUUGUGAAGCAGUUCUGCUAGGCAUUGAGCAGCAAGUUCUGAGAGCCAACCAGUACAAGGAGAACCACAGCCGAACUCAGCAGCAGGUAGAGGCAGAGGUUACCAACAUCAAGAAGACCCUCAAGGCCACAGCAUCCUCCUCGGCUCAGGAGAUGGAGCAACAACUGGCCGAACGGGAGUGUCCCCCUCACGCCGAGCAGAGGCAGCCCACCAAGAAGAUGUCUAAAGUGAAAGGUCUGGUUUCCAGCCGCCACUAGGGCCGGCUGGGGCAGCUGGCACUCACCAGGCCUGGGCAGGUGGGGAGGGGACACCUAGGGCCUAUUUCCUCCUCUCUCUACCUUCAGUGAGUUCCAGACCUGCCCGUCCCCUCACCAGCGCCUCCCCAUCCUGUUGGUACUGUUCCAGAAGAACCGUUAACUCCUUUCCCUCGACCACACCCUCCUUCCCCAGUUUCUCCCUUCAGACUCAGGGGCUCCACUGAUGCCAUCCCAACAGGGUCAACACUGCCCAGCUUCCCUCCAGGAGGUUCUUGUCUCUGUUUAAGGGCUUGUCUCUCCCAGUUUUUCUUUUGCUCCAUGUCAUUUGGUCAGGCUGGUCAUAGCCAGAGGCAGCUUUAACCAGCCCACAGGGAUGACUGCACAGGAGGCUCCUCUGAGUGAGGAGGGGGCACUCCUCCAGCCCCAUGUACCACAGUACCCACAAUGGUGCAGGCACUCUAGCCAGGUCUCAAAAUGCUUUGUUUUCCUUCCCCUGCCUUGUCCCUUGUUGGCAGCUCCAAUCAGGCCAUGGAGGGAUGUGAUGCUGGGCUAUGUUUACUCAGCCUCUUAAGCCCAGCUCAAAUCUCUCAUUAGUUGGGAGCAUUAGGUUAACUGAUGUCUGGUAUCUGAGCACCCGUGGAGGGUGCUGUGGGUCUGCUCGGUGGCAGAAACUUCUUCCAGCUUGGUGUUCUCUGCUGCCUGACUACUCAGACUGGUUUUCGGUGUGAAGGCCCAGCUGCCCACUGGGACUGUCUGCCAAUACUUGCUCUCCCCAGAUCUUUAAUUACUCCUGGCUGCAUCUGUGGUGGGGAUGGUGGUGCUGAGGCCCAGCCUGCUGGGGAAGGACCUGUUGCUGCUUCUGUCUGUUUCUUUCCACUCCUCCUUGGCUAAUGACCCAGAGCCCUCUGAUGAUGGCAUUCUCUUGGCAAGAGAAAAGGACUUGACUAGCCUUUCUGAACUUGAACAGUUUCAGGUUAUAUUUUAAUUUUUUUUUUGUACAGGUUCUGAUUCUAAUACAUUUCAACAUGCCUUUUUCCCCCCUCGUGUCAAUAUUUGUUAUAGAUCGCCGGGGAUUAUUCACUUGCUUGGAGGGUGGCGUGUGUGUGUGUAUGUGUGUGUGUGUGUGUGUGUGUGUGUGUGUGUGUUUAAGGGGAAUUGGAGGUCUGGACUAAUUAAAGUUCACCGAAGGAAAAAACAUAUUUUAGAACAAAAAUUAAAGUGUAGUUACAGUGUGACUGGUGUGCGGGGUUGCAUAGCUGGCACAUCUGGAGGAGCUGGGAUCAGGGUGCUCCAGGAAAAUGUCCUGCUGUGUCAGUACCUGGAGAAAAUCCAUAUCUCCUUUUCCAACAUGUCCAGCAACUGCCUGCUGCUGACCAGAUGUUAACAGUUAUUCUCGUUUCCCCUUUAAGCUGGUCCAUGUGCCCAUAUAACAUUUUGUCCAGUGGGAAAGUUUAAUUCCCAAUGUAUGUUUCGUGAAACCUCUUGACAGAUGCUCUGUGGAAAAGGGGUUCUGUUGUUAAAUAAAUUUGGCACAUCCUGCA